AUGCGACGUACGGAGCAUAAGUUAGGCGAAAAACGUGUAUUCUUAGGGUCGCUUAGUAAGAAAAACAAUCUGAGGACGACCUAUGAAAGAUUAAAUCUCGAAGAGAAAGCUUUUAUAUCCUCGACCAAGUUCAACCAAAGGAAGCUCUUGAGCAGACAAAGUAAACUGCGUCAAUUGCAAACAAACGGCAACAGAGGGGUGAACUUGGAGACGCGACCAAAAACUCGCACGAAUUUUCCUGAUCUUGCCGGGAGCAGUGACAGUGUGAUUCGUAGUUAUUCGAAUAAUUUAACAUUGCCCUACUCCAGGAAUGGUUUACGCAGUCCAGGUGAGGGGAAACGACUCAGUUCUUUGCUGGGGAAAGAAGGCAGUAUUAAACAAACAAAGUCAGAUAAUAUAAACAAAUAUAUCUCGCAGUCAAAUGCGAGCAACAACUUCGUAGAUUUGAAGGAUGUUUCAACUGAGAAACGGAAUGAAAUUAGGACACCGUUCAGGUCGGCGAAAGUUGAUUCAAAAUCAAAGCAGGUUCAACAACGCUCAGGUCUCCAUGUUGGUGAUAUUAUUGCGUAUUCCGCCAGUUAUGGUAAAAGAGCGAAGCCGCAGAGGAGAGUAAGUUCCAUUGAUCAAGAGGGGGAUGUGAAGAUCGGAGGGAAUGAGAUUUCAGAGGUAAGAAGGUUCGUCAAUUACACGUAAAAACAAAUGGUAACAAACCUGCAGCAGACUUGUAACAAUGCUGUUCCAACGGGAUGUGUUCGCACUGCUUGUUCCCAGCUUGUUUAAAAGUUGUCAACGGCUUGUUGACAACUUGCUACAAGGUUGUCGAGCUCAACAGAUUUGUUACAGAUUGUUCCAACAACUUGUUGUCGUCCUGCAAUUCAGCAAUUUGUCAACAAGUUGUGAGUGACAACCUUGUAGCAACUUGAUAAAGUACCAGCAUUGUUACAACUUGUUAACAAGCUUGCUACAAGCCUGUUGCGAACACAUCUUGUUGACAAGUUGUAAGAUUUGUCGUUUCUUUCCAUAGCGAACCAAUGAAGACAAGGGUAUUGCAGUUAAAAAACCAACUGUUUGGAUGAACGAUCUACAUUCUUCUGCAUCAACUGAGAUAAAUGAAUCUGACACAAGAUCCCUUGAAAACGAAAAUAUCAACUCAACCAAACAUAUCCAACAUUCUGACAAGAAUGUACUUGACCCGAAAGAUCUUUCAAACAAUUCCACAAGCCGUCGACACAGUCCCCGUGUGUUGUUCGGGAAGACAAUUCUGGAAGAAAAUGUAACAAAUGCAGGCGAAUCAAUGGUGGUGCCUUGGUUGAGAGAUUCGAAUUGCCUAGCCUUGGAAUCCAACUGUGUAACCGCAGAAACUCGUAUGCAAGCAGACACGAACACUCAGUCAAACGAACUAACAUCAGAGAGCCAGUUUAUCACUUCACCUUUGGAACAUUCUCGAACUCAAGAAAAUGAUGGUCCAAAUGUAUCAACAAGCUCCCGAAAACCUAACGAGCCUUUGAUCUCUAUAAGUUUCAACUCCCCACAAGUCCCAGCGCUAGUUUCUCGCACUCCAUCUUGGAUCGGUAGUAAAGCCCUGCCCGCCCUUGGCAGAAUUCGUCGCGGUAGCUUCUGUGAUGUAAAAACCUUCACUUCGGGUAAAGUUCUUGAUUUGCUGUCCUCCUGCGAGAUCCCAGAGGUAGAGACGAAAAACAGCAAGCAAUUCUUGGAGGUUGACAACGAAAAUUUAAAGUACUGUAGGUACUUGAGAUCUGUGACACCCGAGGAAGCCAGUCUGGGUGCUGGCGGUGAAGCAUUGGAAAUACCUCUCAAGUAUCGACCUUCAAAGAAUAUCAUCAUUGGGCACACUAAAGUUAACCUAAUGCAAUAA